GGGAAACUACCCUCCUGCAGCUCCCACCGUCAGUAGCAGCGCAGUUCAUCUGGAGGAGAACACGAUGAGAGAGUAGCUAGCAUGCUCGGACAAUUCAUGUAAAUGGCGCCUGUCAAAAGGAAAUUAUAUCAGCGGUUGCUGUUCUUUGCCGUUUUUCUUCCAGUCUCAGGUGUUUUAUGCUUUAGUGAGCUAUUUUUCAUCAAGGAGCCCCAUGAUGUCACUGUCAUGCGGAAAGAAGCUGUUAUUUUGGACUGUCAGGCACACGGAGAGGCGCCUAUUGACGUCAGAUGGCUUAAGAAUGGAGUAAAACUGGUGGAGAAUGAGCGGGUAUACCAGCUCUCCAACGGCUCCCUUUAUAUUUCAGAGGUGGAGAGCAGAAGAGGAGACAAAUCAGAUGAAGGGUUCUAUCAGUGCCUCGCUCAGAACAAGUAUGGAGCAAUCCUGAGCCAGAAAGCCCGUCUUACAAUCGCAAGUAUCUCCUCUUUCGCAAUCCAGCCGACGUCUAUCGUGGUAACUGAAGGCUCAGUCGCCAGGUUUUCCUGCAAAAUCAGUGCACACCCUCGUCCCAUCAUCACUUGGGAGUUCAAUCGGGUCACAUUACCCCUCACCACUGAAAGAAUCACAGUCCUGCCCAGUGGUGUUCUUCAGAUCCAUGGGGUGCAGCGCGCGGAUAGUGGGAAUUACCGCUGCAUCACCACCAACAUCGCCAGCCGUCGCCGCAGCACGGAGGCCUACCUCACUGUCACUCCAGCUCCCAGCCCCCAGCUUCCCCAGAGGCCACGCAUCAUCGCCGGGCCACAGAACAUUUCAGUGUCGCUGCACCAGAGUGCCAUCCUGGAGUGCAUGGCCACAGGCAAUCCCCGACCUAUCAUCUCCUGGAGCCGAGCGGACAGCAAGUCUAUUGAUGUUUACAACACCAAAGUGUUGGGAAACGGCAACCUCAUUAUAACAGACAUCAAGCCCCAGCAUGGAGGAGUCUAUAUGUGCAGGGCCACCACUCCUGGCACAAGAAACUAUACUGUCGCCUCAGCUAAUGUCACUGUGCUAGCACCACCUUCCCUGGUGGAGUGGCCAGAGAGCCUGACCCGUCCACGUGCUGGCACUGCUCGCUUUGUGUGCCAAGCUGAAGGAGUUCCAACACCUCAAAUCACUUGGCUCAAGAACGGAGAGAAAGUUCACUCAAAUGGUCGCAUCAAGAUGUACAACAGCAAACUGGUCAUCAACCAGAUCAUCCCUGAGGAUGAUGCCAUCUAUCAGUGCCAGGCAGAGAACGAGCAGGGAUCCGUCCUCUCCAUGGCGAGGCUCAUUGUAGUGAUGUCAGAGGACCGGCCGAGCGCGCCCAGGAAUAUCCGAGCUGACACCGUGUCGAGCUCCGCCAUCCUUCUGGCUUGGGAAAGGCCUCUCUAUAAUGCGGAUAAAGUCAUUGCUUACUCAGUGCACUACAUGAAGGCUGAAGGAUUAAACAACGAAGAAUAUCAAGUUGUCAUUGGAAACGAUACAACUCGCUAUAUUAUUGAUGACCUGGAGCCGGCUCGCAACUACACCUUCUACGUUGUGGCCUACAUGCCCAUGGGAGCCAGUCGCAUGUCGGACCACACGUUCCAGCACACACUGGAGGAUGUUCCUCUCCGUGCCCCUGAGCUCAGCCUCACCAGCCGCAGCCCUACGGACAUCCAGGUCUCGUGGCAGCCCCUCCCGGACAAGCUGAGUCGUGGCCGGGUGUCUGCCUACGGAUUGUCCUAUCGCACCAGUGCUGAGAGCACAGUCUCACAGAUAGAGCUACCUGGAGAGAAGACCCAGCAUCUACUGGAAAACCUGCAGCCUGACACCAUCUACCUCCUGCGUAUUGUUGCUGCCACCAGUGUAGGGUGGGGUGAGCAGUCCGCCUGGACCUCCCACCGCACCCCAAAGGCAUCCAGUGCUCGAGUUCCUCUGGCUCCUGAGCUGCAUCUGGAGCCCUUAAACUGCACCACUAUUUUAGCGCGCUGGCAGUUGGCACCCAGGAACUCAGCCAUCGUGCAAGGAUACCGACUCUUCUACCACGAGGAGAGCCAGCCUGAGAAUGCCCCAGUUCAGCUGCGUGCCUCGGAUCAUACACACACCAUUGGAGGUCUUGACCCAAGGAAGAAAUACCACGUGAAGCUUCUGGCUUAUAACUUCGUCGGAGAUGGCUACCAGGCAGACCAGACCAUCAGCACCCCUGGAUGUGUCUCUGUUCGAGAUCGCUUGGUGCCUCCUCCACCACCUCCACACAACGUUUAUGCCAAGACCAACAGCUCAACUGCCGUGUUUCUGCACUGGGGCCGACCAGCUUUCACCUCCAGCAAUUCAGUCAACUACACUGUCCGCUGCAACCCCGUCGGCCUGCAGAACGCCUCCCUGGUGCUCUACCUGCAGACGAAUCAGCAGAGCCUUCUGGUGCGAGAUCUUGAGCCCAACACCAAGUAUGAAUUUGCCAUUCGCCUUCAUAUUGACCAGUUGUCCAGCCCCUGGAGUCCUGUGGUCUAUCAGAGCACUUUCCCUGAAGCUCCCAUGCUGCCUCCUUCCAACGUAAAAGUGACUCUGAUCGAGGAGGACACAGCGCUGGUUUCGUGGAAGCCCCCAGAAGAACCCAACUUAGCUGUUACACGUUACACAAUCCUGUACGCCUCCAGAAACACCUGGAUAGCCGGGGAAUGGCAAGUGCUGCAAAGAGAAGGGAGCAUCACCAUGGCUCUACUGGAGAACCUGAAGCCUGGACAGAUCUACUUUGUGAAAGUCUCCGCAUCCAACAACAUGGGCGACGGACCGUUUUCUCACACGGUGGAGCUGACAGUACGAGCAGAUCACUCUUCUGGUCUUGAUCCUCGGCUCUCCCAUGGCUCCACACACUCAACAGUCUUCUCUGAUGGUUUCUACCACCUGGACCAAAAGUCAAUGACGGGGAUCACUGUGGGAGUCUGCAUCGCAUUCAUCUGCAUCAUCAUCUGCGCUUUCAUCAUCGUCUGCAGAGGCAAAAACAGGAAAUCUUCCGCUGUUAAAAUGUACAGGGAAGGAGUGAGCACACCUGCGUCAGCUGUAGGACUUCCGGCCUCUGAGGGACAAGCUGAGAGCGCUGAUGUGACCGUGCCCAUGAUGAGUCAAAACCAUUUCAUUGAUGCCAAGGGUGGAUCAAAUCUCAUUAUCAAUUCUCUCGGUCCUGUUAAGCCCAACAAUGAAAGGAAAAAGAAAUGGUUUCCCUUCAACAGUAACGGGAAAAAGGACAGUAAAGUGGUGCAGAAUAUGAGACACGGCACCGCCUGCUUCCAGCCCGGCACCACCGUGCUGACCUACGAAGAGGAGUUGUCUCCGGACCAGCCCUCCACCCUGCAUGCUCUGCUCGGGCGUCCCGGAGAUUCAGAGGGCUCUUCCACCAGCGAGGGCAGCCACGCGACCGGCGACUCAGGUCGUUACUCUCACGACGAGACGGAGAUGACCAACCUGUCGUCUACUCCCGGCAGCCGCCCGCCAUCUCUGUCGGCAGAGGACAGCGGAGGCUCAGACUGCAGCGGCCCUGCUGAAAAGAAGAGUGAGUUGAUGGAAGAAAGUCAGACUGACCUGAAGUUUGUGCAGCCUGCGGAGAACGGCGGCUGUCAUCAUGAAGCCCAGAGCAGCUCCCAGUAUGCUCUCUCUCUCUAAGUGUGUGAGUUUGUGUGUGUGAGUUUGCAUGUGAAGGUGGCGGUUUACUUGCAACAAAGUCAAACAACUGAAAUCCUCUCAUAGACAUUUCAUAUUAUCAGUUUAUUUACACUUCAUGCCAGUGAGGGGACACAAAGAUUAAACAGGAAAUCAUGGUGACAAACACUCAAGAAAACACGACUAAGGAGAGAAAAAGAGGAUUUAGAAACCGGUCAAAAAUCUCCGGACAAACUCAACGAGGAAGGAUUUGUCUAAACUUAAUCCACACAGCUUUUUCCGUAGCAAGUAUACCGCCGGCCUGAAUGUUAGUGUGACAGGACUGUUUGUAUGAGAGAGUAACAAAGAGACACCUUUUUUUUUAACCUUCAUCUUUUGUUCCAACACACAAUGAACAGGAAGCCAACAAAGGCCUUUUGCCAUGUGAAGUGUUGGUCACAGAAUUUCUUUCUUUGUUUUUCUUUCAGUGAAUGUCUUUUUUUUCCUCUCUCUCUCUUUAUUUGUGUGUGUAUGUUUUUUGAAAAAAAAAAAAUCUCACCCACCAUGAAUGUUUAAAAAAAUGUGAAAAAGUGAAAUUUCUGACAUUAUUUAAGAGUUUAUCACUGGAGCGAAGGGAAACCGUGAGUCCUUUUUCGCUGAUUAUCUACCUCGGUUUGCCUGCAGGUAAACCUCCACUGUAUAUUUAAUAACUACUUAUACCUACGUUAUGUGAUGGUAUGCUUCAGUUACAUAACAUUGAUACUUCCUGAUGACUUUUUUUUCUGAUUGUCAUCCCACUUUUGUCUUUUUCUCUUACUUUGUUCUGAUUUACAGGAUAGUAAGGGCACUGCAGCUCUCACUUAAAGCUCUGCAGGUCUCCUCUCGAAUGUAAAACACACAUACAGUUAGUUAUUUAUCUCCUCAGGCGUUGCUGAGGUGACGAGCCAGUAUUAUUAAGAGUUUUUCUUCAUUUCUGUCCAUUAUUGAUUAAUGGUAUGAAAGAAAAUAAUGAAUGUCUGCUUUUGUUUCAUAUGUGCAGCUGCCCUUGCUAUUCCUGUUUUAUACUACCUCGUUUAAGAAUUUAUUUUAUUGUCUAAUUGUUUUCCUAAACUCAGGGAACAAGGUUUAGUACAUUUGAAAAGUCAUGUAGUGUUACAUGGUGAACUGACAGGGUAUCUUCUCAGUACUAAACCGUUGUAGUGUGUAACUGCCUAAAUAGAUAUGCGAUGAAUGUAUCUCUGACAUUGUGUGCUAGUAGCUCAGAUGCCUGUGCUGCCCUCCCCGCAGAUGGAAACCCCUCCUCUGUAGUUUCUCCUCAGGUCCUAAAAUGUCUGUUUUGUCUGUUAAUGUUUUCCUUUUUUAUUUGUGUUAAAAAGUUACACACCAAAAGUGCUUGCAGCUGCAUGUCGGUACCGAAAGCUUUAUAAUUGGCCUUAAUGUGGAAAGCGUCUCAGAUGCUGAAGCCUCUGAAGGAGAAGCUCCACAUGAGGAUGCAACACAUGAAGAAUGAUUGUAGUAAAAGCAAUGGAAGUGUUAAAUCAGAGAUAAAAGUGAAGAAUUGAAUGAACACCAUAAAACUUCAAGAAAAUCUAUAUUUUUGUUAGAGGAUAUGUACUACUGAGUACACAUUGUAGUUACUUUUGUUCCAGGUAGUUUUUUUUCUUUGUUUUGCUGUAGAGUAGAUAAAGAUUAGCACUUGUCUGCCAAGUAGUUUUUGUAUUAUCGGCCAAUGUGCAGCGGUGACUUGACGCUAUUAUUACCCAAAUAGUUGUUUGCUACCUAAGUUUAUUUUAGUCUCUCAACUAAUCUCUGGCAGAAGGUUACUGAGGAAUGUGAAAUAAUCGAACACAUUAGACCAAAGAUGAAAC